CGAGGGGAUUGCCUACCUAGGUAGAGCGACGAACAUACCUACAUCGAAUACAGGGGGAGCACCCAUCGGAAAACACACGACCGAGCCCCUCGCUGUCCGACACCGAGAAGCGACGUCUACGCUGCAACCCCCGCGAGAGCGAUCACCAACCACGAGAGCGCACGCGCGAGAGAGAGACCGAGAACGGACAUGGCCUUCAUUCCCAGGCCCAAGCCCAAGCACCAUUCUCCCGCGGGAGGCGGCGACUCGCCACAGCCGAACCCACCGAACCCGAUCCUGGUGGGCAGGCCGGACGCCGCGGAGACGCCGGACGCGACGGGGCCCAGCGGGCCGAAGAGGAGCGCCGCUGAGCCCCUGGAGCCGGCGGACCUGGGGGCCGGCGGCAGCGGCAGCGGCAGCGGCACCACGACGACAGCGCCGCGGGCGUCGACGGGGACGCCGGCGCGGCUCGGCGGCAGCACGGCGCCCACGGCGGCGGCGCUCGCGGCGAAGCAGGAGCCCGCGGCCCCGGGCGGCGGGCUGCCGCCGUGGGCGAUCGCGACGAUCGCGAUGAGCGGGGUACUGGCGGUGCUGCUGGCGGUGCUGCUCAGCACGUUCUUCCCGGGGUGGUGGCGGUGGCGCUGGCAGAGGAGGAGGAGGCGGAGGAGCGAGGGAGGCGCCAGGGCGCAGGCCCAGCGCAGGCGCGCGUCGGGCGGCGCCCGCGAGCACGCGUACAAGGGCGCGGCGGCGGCGGCGGCGGACGCGGACGAUUCAGACGCGCAGAGCGAGCGGGGCGCGUGCGCGGCGGCGGCCGGCGGCGCGGCGCCCGCGGAGAGCAGGGGCGCGGCGGUGCCGCCGCCGCGCAGGAACCCCUCGGUCGUGUCGUCGCUCUCGUCGCUGUCGGCGCGGCGCCUCGCGCGGUACGAGAGGCUGGGCGCCGUGUCGCCGCUGCCGCCCGAGGAGGAGAUGGAAGAGGUCGAGGAGGAGCGUCGGGCGGCGGCGGCGGCGGCGAGCGCCCCGAGGAGAGCGCCGGGUCCGGGGAUGUCGCCGCCGCCGCCGCCGCCGACGACGACGAGGAGCGAGUCCAGGCGAGGCGGGUAGACGAGGCGACGCUGCGCAGCGUUGAGAGGUCGGUGGAUGGAGUCGGGCGGGGCUGGACCCCUCCCCCUUCUUCCCCUGGAACCCGCUCGCCGGGCGGUGGUUGCAAAUCAAUAUUACUCGAUUCCCCUGCUGUUAUCUGCUGUGGGAAAUGUAGAUGUCUACACUUCCCUUGGGGAGACGCAGACUUAACUACCUCCACAGCUUCCGACGCGACACGUAGCCUACGCGUAGGCGUGUAAUAGUCGACCAGCAUUACGGACUCAGGGUCCUGUUCUACGCGGCAUUAGCUCCUGGGGCGAAUAGUGUUCUCCAGGGAUUUCCCCCGUCCCUUGGCGGCUGGCACGCUGUUACAGGUUAGUAGGCACGGCGGAGGGAAACGCUUCGUAGAUGAAACCGUAUCUAUUAGGCUCGUGAUUAUAACUUUUCUCUUCCUUUUUGCUCUACAGAGGGU